AAUGACUGGUCGGCAUCGAUCGAUCGAGAUCGAGAGAGAGAGAGAGAGAGGAGAGGGAGGGAGGGGGAGAGGGAGAGGAUUUUUCGGUGGAGCUGUAGAAGGGCUUGUCGUCUUCUUCCCGUGCUCAUCCCAUUUCUCUCGUCCAUUCUCAAGCUCAAGAAACAUGGGUGCAGGUGGUAGAAUGCAGGUUCCUUCCUCCUCCAAGAAAUCGGAAUCCGAUGCUCUGAAACGUGUUCCAUGUGCAAAGCCGCCGUUCGCGCUCGGAGAUCUCAAGAAAGCCAUCCCUCCGCAUUGUUUCAAGCGUUCUAUACCUCGCUCUUUCUCGUACCUUAUCUGUGACCUCGUCAUAGCCUCUUGCUUCUAUUACGUGGCCACAGCCUACUUCUCUCUCCUUCCUCAGCCUCUCUCCUAUUUGGCCUGGCCGCUCUACUGGGCCUGUCAAGGCUGUGUCCUGACCGGAGUCUGGGUCAUAGCUCAUGAGUGUGGCCACCAUGCAUUUAGCGACUACCAGUGGCUCGAUGACACAGUUGGCCUCAUAUUCCAUUCACUUCUCCUGGUCCCGUAUUUCUCCUGGAAAUACAGUCACCGACGUCACCAUUCCAACACGGGUUCCCUUGAAAAGGACGAAGUGUUUGUUCCCAAGCAGAAAUCCGACAUCGGAUGGUAUUCCAAGUACCUAAACAACCCUCUUGGCAGAGUCAUGACUCUAACCGUCCAGCUCGUCCUUGGAUGGCCGCUCUACCUGAUGUUCAACGUGUCGGGCAGACCAUAUGACAGGUUCGCUUGCCACUUCGACCCGUAUGGCCCGAUCUACAAUGACCGAGAACGUCUCCAGAUAUACGUCUCGGACGCUGGGAUCCUGGCCGUCUGCUAUGGGCUAUACCGGCUCGCGGCUGCAAAGGGAAUGGCCUGGUUGAUGUGCGUAUACGGAGUUCCGCUCCUCGUGGUUAACGGGUUUCUCGUCCUGAUAACGUUCCUUCAGCACACUCACCCGGCACUGCCUCACUAUGACUCGUCCGAGUGGGACUGGUUCAGGGGAGCUCUGGCUACCAUCGACAGGGACUACGGGCUCCUGAACAAGGUCUUCCAUAACAUCACGGACACGCACGUGGCUCACCAUCUGUUCUCGACCAUGCCUCACUAUCACGCCAUGGAGGCGACAAGAGCGAUCAAGCCGAUACUUGGAGACUAUUACCAGUUUGAUGGGACACCCAUCUACAGGGCCAUGUGGAGGGAAGUGAAGGAGUGUAUCUAUGUGGAGCCCGAUGAGCAUGGUGAGAAGAAAGGUGUUUUCUGGUACAACAAUAAGCUGUGAUGAUGAUGGCGAUCAUCAUCAUCAUCAUCAUCAUCAUCAUGACGAACAGAGCAUGAAGAUGAAGAAUAUAAAGGACCGGAUGAUCUUUGGGGUCUCUUUUUGAUGUCUCAUGUUUAUGUCUGAAAUCCUUCUUCUCGCCAUUAGUGUUCGCUUGAAUUUUGUUGUUUGUUGUCGUCGGAAUUUUGAAGAUAUUCCAAUUGCAAUCCAGAUAUUUUGUUAAAUAUAAAUUUAUAUUCGAUA